GAUAAAUGUUAUUUUGAAGUUCAAUAUGAGUUAUCAGAUAAAUUUUAUCUAAAAAUGUUUUAAAUUUUAAAGGUAUCCAUACCUGAAAAAGCCUAAAAAUGCUUUUAAAAAAUAUUUUGGCCACAUCAGCUUCUAUCAGUACCAUUUUACAAUUUUCAACGGGUUUGGUAACUGCUAGGAAAAUUGCUAAAAAUAAAAGUACAGGAGAUAUUUCAUCUUUUCCAUUUAUAAGUGGUUUGCUCUCAACAUCCUUAUGGUUAAAAUAUGGAUUUUUAAUUGAAGAUAAUUCACUAGUUUUAGUGAACACUAUUGGGGCAUCUAUGUUUUUCUUUUGCGUUGCUGUCUUUUUCAUUUACAGUAUUAAAAAGGCCAGUAUUGCCAGACAAUUUUUAUUAUGCUUAAUGAUCUUGAUAAUAGUCCUAAUGAGAAUACACCGUAUUGAUAAUCUUGAAGAGAGCAGAAAAUCAUUAGGUCUAAUAAGUAGUGGAGUUACCAUUUUAUUUUUUGCAUCGCCAUUCACAUCACUUUUUCACGUAAUUAAAGUGAAAAGUACUGAAAGUCUACCCUUUUACUUAAUUGCUUCUACAUUUGUGGUGAGUCUACAAUGGCUAGUUUAUGGUGUUAUUCUGGAAGACUCAUUUAUUCAGAUUCCUAAUUUUAUUGGAAGUUUAUUGUCUCUAAUUCAAUUGAGUUUAUUUGUGAUAUAUCCUAGUAAAACUCCUAGUAAGAGUUACCCCAGUAACAUAAUAUAAGUUUUAUUUUUUGAUGUGGAUUGAGUAACAAGUAUAUUUUGCAUACAAACCAGUUAAAUUUUUGAAAUAUUUAAAGACUGAAUGGUAUUUUUAAAGUAACCAUUGUAUGUGUCAAUUCUGUGUUAACUAAAGUAUAUAAUAUCAGAUUGUUGUAUGGAUAUAUGUGAUUAAUUUUAGUAUUAUUUUUUAAAAACCAAAAAUAAUAUAUUUAUUUAUAUUUCUUUAAAUAAAAUUCA